AUGGAGAUGUCGCACUCUUCUGAUGAAGCUUGUGUUUUGGUCAUAUACACAGGUGGAACGAUCGGAAUGCUUGUUGGCCAACAAGGAUACGUGCCAGAGCCGUACUUCCUAACCGAAACUUUACGUAGCCAGACGAGGUUCCAUGAUCCCUUGCAAGAUUCCUUGUUUUCAAAUGCCUCGUCUGUGCAAGGAUUCAGGGAAUGGAGCGGACGAUCCAGCCCACAACCUACUGUAGAGCACACUCGCUCUGAAGACCCGCUCGCAAGAACGUUAUUGGUACGAUCAUCACGUCCUAUUGGUUAUCCAAAUUCACUCGACCGCAAUCUAAACAAUAUGUUCUUCAAAAAUCAACCGAGAUGCGUGCAAGUCUCUGACAACAUUUAUGAGGCACACCUUCCCACUCUUGUCACUCCAAAAAGUAAGGCUCCAGGAGGAAAUUUAAGCAAAUCAAUCAGAUACGCGAUAUUAGAAUGGAAUCCCUUACUUGAUAGUAGCAAUAUGGAUAUUCAAGACUGGAUACGUAUUGCAACCGAGAUAGAGCUAAACUAUUCUUUCGAUGCAUUUGUCGUGCUCCAUGGAACAGAUACUAUGGCUUAUACCUCGAGCGCGCUGAGUUUUCUUCUAGAGGAUCUAGGAAAAACAGUGAUUUUGACUGGUGCUCAAAUACCUUUAUCCCAACUACGUAACGAUGCUGUAGACAAUGUCAUGGGCGCUCUAACAAUUGCUGGACACUAUAUAAUCCCAGAAUGUUGUCUAUAUUUCAAUCAUACCCUGUUUAGAGGCAAUCGAGUGACGAAGAUGUCGUCGUAUGACUUUGGUGCAUUCAGCAGCCCUAAUUUUCCGCCUAUUGUAAACGUCGGUAUCGAAAUUGUCGUCAAUUGGGCAGAUGUCAUACGACAAACUAGUUUACGGAAAUUUCGUGCCCAUAAAAAAAUGAGUCCCCAUGUCGCUACUCUUCGCCUAUUCCCCGGGAUUUCGGGUCAAACCAUAAGAGCCUUUUGUAUGUCACCCAUUCAGGGAGUAGUCCUAGAGACUUUCGGUGCUGGGAAUGCUCCCCAAAGAGCCGAUGUAAUGGAAGCACUCAAAGAGGCGUGUGAUCGAGGUGUUGUCAUCGUCGCAAUUUCUCAAUGCGCCAAAGGCUCUGUAUCCGACGCGUACGAGACGGGAAGGUCUCUCUUGGAAGUUGGUGUCGUACCUGGGAGUGAUAUGACACCAGAGUGUGCAUUAACCAAAUUAAGUUAUCUCCUUUCGAAAACAGAACUUUCAUCUAAGGAGGUUCGUAACCUGAUUGGGGAACCUCUUCGUGGAGAGCUAACUCUCGCGUCUGGCGGGAUCGGCCAACAACCCAUUAUUGAGCAAAAUGCGGAAAAUAUCCAACAACUCUUAUCCCAAUUUGUCCGUCUCACACGUCCGCCUACAGUAAUACCUGCUAUCCGUGUGAGCGGCCCAGAGGCAUCUUCAAGCACUAUUCAGGAUGUGGCUGCACCGUGGUCGUGGACAGCUGCUGAGGCUGCAAUAACGGAGGCCGUUUUGUUUCCUUUCCUCAUUCAUUUGGCAGCAGCCAGAGAUGACAUUGAAAGCCUCGAGUUCUGUUUAGUUAACAGCAAUUUCAUAAAAGAUCAGAUACCAGGAGGUAUUGUCAACUGCCUAGAAACUGGCUCCGGGAGAUCCCCACUGCAUGUGGCUUCGUUGAACGGGAGCUCCAAGUCUGUUGAACUAUUGCUUCGUUCAGGUGCCCUUGUACACCUCAGAGACACUCUCGGCCACACAGCUCUAUAUUUGGCCGCUAGGCAGGGCCACGAAGAUGUAGUGGAUCUGCUGGUGCAGGCUGGUGCCACGUUGGCUGGCACUGAUUCGCACUUCGCUUCUUAUGUUGUCAAAGACGCAAUCAAGCCAAAGGAUGCAGCUUCGUUGCGCAUUUGGGUGAAAGCUGGAUUGCAUGUCUGA